AUGUCUCCGGUGAAGGUGUUCGGGCACCCGAUGUUGACAAACGUCGCACGGGUGCUGCUCUUCCUGGAGGAGGUCGGCGCUGAGUACGAGCUCGUGCCCCUCGACUUCGUAGCCGGCGAGCACAAGAGGCCCCAACACGUCCAGUUAAACGUAAGCAGACGACAAUUCGUCGAUCGGUCACCGUAUCAGGUUCAGGUGAUGAUUUUUGACAGAGAUGCUGCGUGUUUUUCUUCCUUGCAGCCGUUUGCGAAGAUGCCUGGGUUCCAAGAUGGGGAUCUCGUCCUGUUCGAGUCGCGCGCCAUCGCCAAGUACAUCCUCCGCAAGUACGGGGGGACAGCCGGCCUGGACCUCCUCGGAGAAAACAGUGGAAUCGAAGAAUUAGCAAUGGUGGACAUGUGGACGGAGGUGGAGGCCCAGCAGUACUACCCAGCCAUCUCGCCGGUGGUGUUCGAGUGCAUCAUCAUUCCCUUCAUCAUCCCUGGCGGUGGCGCGGCGCCGAACCGGAGCGUCGUGGACGAGAGCCUGGAGCGGCUGAGGGGUGUACUGGGGAUCUACGAGGCCCGGCUGGAGAAGAGCAGCUACUUGGCCGGGGACUCCAUCAGCUUCGCCGAUCUGAACCACAUCCCGUUCACCUUCUACUUCAUGACCACCCCGUACGCCAAGGUGUUUGAUGAGUACCCCAAGGUGAAGGCCUGGUGGGAGAUGCUCAUGGCCAGGCCGGCGGUGCAGAGGGUCUGCAAGCAUAUGCCUACCAAGUUUAAGCUAGGUGCGCAGUACUAG